GACAACCCCCGUUCUCCGGACAACAUGCAGCCUCAAUUUGUUGCUAAAAUUGUAGAAAUUGUGUGACGUUUCAGGAGGAAGCGAAUAUCAUUUCACAUUUGUCCUGGAAAACCAAGUUUCAAUUGUAGUUGGCGCCGAAUAUGUAUUUAGAUAUGCUUUUUUAAUUAUAUUCAUUUCAUAAUAUUUAUCUACAAAUCCCAAUAAUCUAUAUAAGAUUUCAAAGAUACAUUUAUAAUCAAGCAUUCUAGGAAAAAAAGAUCUUGCCAACAAUAAGACAACAGAAUUAAAAAACUUUCCGGUGACUGACUGUAAACUUCGGAGCUGUCUAGUUUCCAUACUGCUCGACCUGAUGACGUAAUUAGUUUACCCUAAACCUAAACCUAACCCUAAACCUAACCCUAAACCUAACCCUAACCCUUUACUUGAAAUAAUUAAUCAUGCUUAUUUAUGACUAUCAGUUCGAGCAGUAUGGAAACUAGACAAUUCCGUAAACUUCUGUCGAAUGAGUCAUUCCCCGCCUUUAAUAUCAGCAAGCAUGCGCAUUGAUGGCACUCUCUUCUGCGCAUGCUCAUUGCGUGAUAGUCCCCCCUUAGCAACAAAAAGCUUUGUGAUAUAUUUUCGUUAUGAUUGAGAAUUAUCAGCUGCUUUCAGAAGUUUCACAAAACCAGUACGGAUGUUUACUUUGGUUUUAACGACGAAAUUUACUUGAAAUUUUGUUUACCAUUGUCACACCGUUUUGUUUAAAAAGAUUCUCUGCGUUUUUUCCUCUUGUUUGAGGCUAACAUUGACAAACUUUGGCAAGAUCUUGACACAACGUAACUAACAUUUGUUACUGUUUACAUGCUUAAGAAUUGAGGAGAGAGACAGCGGAAACUCAGGUAUCGUGUAACGAAAAGACGUUUGCUAACGAUGCAGUGGGAAAGAAAUCGGACAAAAGAACUAUACAAGUAAAUUUUGAUGUAUCUGUUACAGGUAUGUUGCGGCUAGAGAAAUUAAAUAGAGCUUCAUGCCAUCUGCAGUUUCUCGCAGAGUUUAUUUGAGCGCGUCAUCAAGUUCCAGCAAUAUAUCUGAGAGUUUCACUUCAAUGAGUUAUCGUAAGCGGCGAUUAGUCGUUUCUGGAAAAUCUAUCAGUUGCAGCGAUUCCUCUGAAAGAUUCAGCAAAUUAUCUGGAAAUUUCAGUAAUCUAUUCAACAAUCGAAGCACACAGCCGCAGUAAAUUGAAGUUCAUCAAUUCUAUGACGAAAUCACGAUGCCUUUUGCUGUUUCGUCGUUUUGUCAGCAUUAGAAACUUCUUGCAAUGUUAAUGUCUUCACUGUCAUAUUUGAGAAAGGUAUGUCGCUGAAUCAGAAAACACGGACAUUGUCAUAUUGAUUCAGAUCAACGUUAUUGUACAGACUUAUUGAUGGUGUUGAUUGCUCGUUGGCUAUCUUCUCAAAAUUUUACACGGGUUCUUUGUUAUAUUCUCCAAAAAACUGUGUCAUUCAAUGCGUAGAAAAGACCGCUAAAGAUAUACUUGUCGCAGUUGAUACUUUAUUGUGAUCUUGUACAGAUACGCAAAGUCUGCAUGCAGCUGUUAAGUCCAUGCUAUCAGGCCAUGUUUUCGUUGUUUGGUGAUAUUUUGUGAGACUGGUAACGUAGAUUAACACAUAUUAGCCAAUAGGAGCUUGGGUCAUUGCAUUCGUUUUGACUAUGUACUGUGGUGAGUGCAGUUAAACAGAGGUCAAAGACAGUUGUAUGAAAAAUUGAAAUACCUCAAGCAAACGGAGAUAAACACAAUACAAGAAUACAAUGGCAAAUUUUCUACAUGGAGAGGAAAUUAUUUGAAGAGAAACUUGGCAAUAUUUAGACUGAGAGGCAAGAUUCUAAUUAAAUGAUAGACAAUGCGUCCUAUGCUUUGGAGUACAAAUUACCUCUGCUAGUACAAUAGAGAAGUAUUUGAUGAUAGACGGAGCGUAGAACUUGGCCUUGAAUUCGAAACAGCUACUUGUAGACACUGGCGCUUACGUUCUCGCUAGAUAGAGAAAAGAAGGCCUGGAAAAAAGCGGACAAGUUAAUACAAGAACUCGCGACUCAAGCCAUUUUACAUGUUUUCAAUACGGAGCUUGCCAGGUAACUUGCCACAUCUUGUUUUGCGCAGUAUUAACUCCAUCAGAAUGACGGUCGGUUCUUUGUAAGUAAUAACAUAGCUUGUGGUUGAGUGAUAAGACCGGCUUUCGGUACAGAGUUACUGCUUGUGCCAAAGAGUUCGGAAAGGGCCCUUUAGAAUUGAAUUGAAAUAAGAAAAUUAUCCGUGGUUAAGUGAAAAGGACCAAGUUAGGAUACAGAGCUACUUCAGAUGCCGGAAACGACGUAUGGAGCUCUCGUGUUAUUAUUAUAACGAGUUAAUCAAUAAUUCAACCACUGAGAUCAAGGAUUGGAAAAUAUGUGCCACUGUAAGUAUGAUUCUUGCACUACCAACAACAGCCAUAAAUACUUCCUUAAUCAUCGCCAUAUUGACAACAACAGACCGGACCAGCCCAUGUCAGAAACUGUUACUAAAUCUUGCAAUUACCGAUGUCGGAACAGGCGUUAUAGUCAUGCCUGGACUUUUUUUAGUUUUUGGUGGAAUGAUUGGUCCGGAUCAAUAUUGUACAAUAACGGAUUUUACAUUUUCAGUAGCAUUUAUUCUCGGUUCGACUUCAUUUCUAACAAUAACAACGGUAUCUCUAGAACGGUACACAAAAGUCUGCUAUCCAUAUACAUACUUUACCAAAUUCAAUACUCUGAAAACCCGGAUUCUUAUUUUCACAGCCUGGUUUCUUCCUAUUCUGGUCCUGAUUUCAUACCAGCUAACGGAAAAUAUGAUCGUUGUGUAUGUAUCGAUGUUUGGCAGUAUAGCAAUCGGAGCGAUUACUGUUCUGUUCAGCUAUGGAAGUAUACUGAAGAUUGCGUGGUCCACACGACGCCGGAUACAUGCUGUGGCAGCAAGAUUCGGGCAUACAGCACUUAGCCGAGGCGACCGGAAACUUGUAACCUUAGGAGGCCUUAUUGUAAUUUCGAUGUUUCUCUGUUACUUGCCAUCAGUGAUCCGGGCUUUGUUGAGGUUAAAUGGAGUCAAAAGUCCGGUCCUCGAUAGGCUACUGUGCUGGGAAUGGACAUUCCUGGUCGGAAACUCGCUUAUAAAUCCGGUCAUAUCAUGUGCAUUCAGUCCGGUAUACAGGAAAAGGAUUACGAAAAUGUGGACAUGUGGACGUUAUUGCCAGAAAACUUUUCCAAGGGCCAGAAACAUAUUCUGGUUUUAUCCCAAACAACAAAGAUGGAACUCAAACAAAUCUAUGACAUGACUUUGUAAUCUAGGGUGGAAAUGAUCUUGUAACCUAGGGGGCAGCAAAAGCCAUCACCCCUGGGAUGACUUUCUUAUAAAUUCAUGUCAAUAUGUCAUCUAAAAUCCUAAACAGUUUGUGAAAGUACAUACGCUCUCAAGUUUAAAGGCAAUCUGUCUCGUUGUGAUUGGUUAACGAGAACAAUAGCUGGAACAAUAGCCUAAACACGAUUCCAGCGCUCCGCCAUAUUUUUUACAAUGCGAUAAAUUAAAGAGGGACUGGACAAACAAUAGAAAUCGCUUUGUUCUUAUAACCAAUCAAUGUCGUGACAGAUUGCCUUUAAAUGAGGAAAGGGAUAAUUUUUUGGAUUACACAUCAGGAUCAGGUCCAAAACAACUAAGGAGGAAAGUGUAUAUUUUCAAAUUGUCCUUGUGUACAUUUUCUGAUUAGACACCAAUGCGAUACUACCAUGUAAGAAAUAUGUCCUAAGCCUAUCUUAAAAGGACUGGCUUGCAAACAAAUAUUUUAAGAAAUUGCCCCUAGGCCCCUUGUCAGCCUUCCCAAUAACUUUCAUCUUACUUAGGCUCUGAAAUAUUCAUGCUCGAGGCAUUACCAGAAUGCGUCGAGGCAUUUGACUAUAUUUCUAGGAAACAUGUUGUUUCAAGUCCUGAAAAUCGUCUGCACAACACGGCUAGGAUACUACAACUCGCAGGGAGCUGUUUAUAAAAAUUGGCCGAAAUGACACUAAAAAUCUUCCCUUACUGAUGUAAAUUAUGAGCGGAAAGCAUUAUUAAAGUUUGCAGGACAAAUUUGGAGUAGUAAUUUUGUAAUAGAGUGUCUAAUUCCAUCUAAAUUCACCAAGAGAAACGGAAUAUCUUCGCCAUGAUUUAAUGAAGCUUCAUUUCCUUAGCCUAGACCAAAUUAACAUACAUUUUUCGUUCCAAUAGUUGGUACAUAUGCAGAAAUUUAGUAAUUUUCCAUUGAAUGCACGGCGAAUUUUGUAACUUUCAAUGCACGUCAAACAAUUGGUAAUGUUGAACCCUCUGAUUAUUAAUUCCAAGUAACCUCCAGGAUCCAGGUAGCAUUUAGGGAACAGAGACAAAUUUAAAGGCAUUGAGUCGUGGUAAAUAGGCCUUCUCUAUAGGGGGUCAUUUGGUUUCGGCGUGAUCGCUGCUGUUUCAUGUGAUAUUUGCAU